GAUGCUGCCUGAUAGAUCUUGCCCCGGACGAGCUGAAAUGAGUCCGCGUUGGUUGGCAGCAGCAGUGGCGCGGUUACAGAUGAACCCCUCAUGAUCCUCCAGGUUUUCACCCACACUGUUUCGGUGAGGACAACGUCAUGAGUGACAAGGGUGAUGCCAUGGACCUCGACGUUGACGGGCCCCGAGGCGCCAAACGGAAAGCUGAGGUUCUUGAAGACACAACAACCCCUCGUCGGAUCAAGCUUCUUGACCAAGAUGUUGUCAACAAGAUCGCCGCCGGCGAAAUCAUUGUUGCCCCUGUACAUGCGCUCAAAGAGUUGAUUGAAAAUGCUGUGGACGCCGGGUCUACGUCCCUGGAGGUUUUGGUGAAGGAUGGUGGCCUGAAGCUAUUACAAAUCACGGACAAUGGCUGCGGCAUUGAUAAGGACGAUUUACCAAUACUGUGCGAGCGCUUUACCACGUCAAAGCUUCAAAAGUUCGAGGACCUCCAGUCCAUUGCUACCUACGGCUUUCGGGGAGAAGCCCUGGCCAGCAUCAGCCACAUUGCCCAUCUGACCGUGACUACCAAGACCAGGGAAUCUAAUUGUGCCUGGCGGGCUUAUUACGAAAGCGGCAAGUUGGCCCCGACCAAACCGGGUCAGUCGCCUGACCCUAAGCCAGUUGCCGGUCGGCAAGGCACCCAGAUUACUGUCGAGGAUCUCUUCUACAAUGUUCCUACUCGUCGCCGGGCCUUCAGGUCUACGUCGGAUGAGUACAACAAGAUCAUCGACAUGGUUGGCCGCUACGCCAUUCACUGUUCCAAUGUGGCCUUUUCCUGCAAGAAGCACGGCGAGUCUUCAACGAGCAUUGCCGUCCAAGCCAAUGCCUCAUGUCUCGACAGGAUCCGCCAGAUCUACGGUGCUAGUGUUGCCAAUGAGCUCACCGAGUUUGCAACCUCAGAUGACCGAUGGGCUUUCAGAGCGAAAGGGCUGGCCACAAACGCUAAUUACAGCACCAAGAAGACAACCAUUUUACUCUUCAUCAACCAUAGAUGCGUCGAGUCCUCCAACAUACGGAAGGCCAUCGAGCAGACAUAUUCUUCCUUUCUGCCCAAAAAUGGCCAUCCGUUCGUGUACCUCAGCCUUGAGAUCGAUCCCCACCGGGUAGAUGUCAACGUGCAUCCAACAAAGCGAGAAGUGAAUUUUUUGAACGAGGAUGAGAUAAUCCAAGCCAUAUGCGAGCAUAUACGCUCAAAACUGGCCAGUGUAGAUGCCAGUCGGACAUUUCUGACCCAGAGUCUUCUGCCCGGCAGCGCCCGAUCGGCGCCUGAGUCUCAACAGCAGGAAGCCGCCUCUGCCCCUCUCAAGACAAAUACCGGUGCCACCCGCAGGACACCGGUUCGGCCAAACGAGAACAACCUCGUUCGUACUGACACCAACCUGCGCAAGAUUACUAGCAUGCUGCCUCCCGCAGGAGCGACCACCCGGAGCAGCGCAGCAACAGACUCACACAUGGCCCACAGACCCGACACCGAGAUGAUUGAGUACAAAACAGUCGACCGCGAGGCGACCGCUUGCCGCUUGAUUAGCGUGCGUGAGCUGCGAGCAGCGGUGCGCGAGGACAUGCACCACGAGUUGACAGAGAUUUUCGCGAAUCACACCUUUGUCGGGGUGGUCGAUGAGUGCCGCCGUCUCGCCGCCAUCCAGGGAGGCGUAAAGCUCUACCUUGUUGACUACGGCCGCCUGUGCUUUGAGUACUUUUAUCAGCUGGGACUGACUGACUUUGGCAAUUUUGGCGUCAUCCAAUUCAGUCCUCCACUCGACCUGAGAGAGUUACUUAGCCUGGCGGCCGAGCAGGAAAAGCGAGCCAGCGGCGACGGCAAAGGAGAAGACGAUGAUUUUGACGUCAGUGAAAUUGUCGAGCUAGUGGCAGACCAGCUCAUUGAGCGGCGCGAGAUGUUACUCGAGUAUUUCUCCCUCGAAAUCUCCCCCACAGGCGAGCUGCUCAGCAUCCCGCUGCUGAUUAAGGGAUACACCCCGGCCAUUGCGAAACUGCCGCGCUUUCUUCUACAGUUAGGGCCCCACGUAAACUGGACCGAGGAGAAAGCAUGCUUUGAAACCUUCCUUAAGGAGCUGGCCUCGUUCUACGUCCCCGAGCAGCUGCCGGCUUCCCCCGGUGUCGAGGGCGGUCCCAGCAGCGAGGAGGAAACGGACGUCGAUGACGACAUCAAGGCUCGCCGGAGUCAAGUCCGCUGGGCACUGGAACACGUCCUCUUCCCGGCUUUCAAGGCCAGACUCGUGGCUACCAAAUCACUAAUGCAGGGCGGCAUAUUGGAGGUGGCGGAUUUGAAAGGAUUGUAUCGAAUCUUUGAACGGUGUUAAGAGCGGCUUGUCAUUUGGUGCGGGUUAUGUGGGCUAAUAUGGAGUGCCAAUGUAUAUAUGGCAAUGGAGUAAAAGAUCUCGCUUACCUACGUUGUGGCUCAAACAUCUGGCAAUGCUUAGGUCAGGUAGCGUUGAGCGGCUAGCUAAAGACAACCGGACGUUGAUACACCCCGUGCUAAACCUCACUAUCAG